CUCCCGAACCGAUGCAAAACACAGAGAUAGAAGCAUUUUUCAAAAACUCAAAGCCACCAUUAAAAUGGCUUCUGCAAUAGUCGUCCGGCCAUCAGAUAAAGCAAUGGCAGCUAGCUUCUCCAAUGCACUCAAGCAGAACCAGGACCAUAUGAAGAGAUGCUUCGAUAGUUUUGUUGGAAAUGGGAGAAGGUUGCUGAAACCCCACCAUUUGAUGGAAGAAAUGGAGAAGGCAAUCGAGGAUAAGGGUGAAAGAGCCAAGGUUUUGGGGGGUGUAGUUGGCGAAGUCAUCAAAUCCACCCAGGAGGCAGCCGCAGUUCCACCAUACGCUGCUCUGGCAGUGAGAAGGAACCCGGGUUCCUGGGAAUUUCUCAAGGUGAACGCCAUUGAGCUGGCAGUGGAUGCUAUUAAAGCUACAGAUUACUUGAAGCUCAAAGAGAUGAUCUACGACGAGGAAUGGGCAAGCAAUGAAAACGCAUUGGAAGUAGAUUUUGGAGCAUUUGAUUUCUAUACUCCUCGCCUUACUCUUUCUUCUUCUAUUGGAAAUGGACUUGAGUACGCCUCAAAGUUCGCCGCUACAGAAAUCAGUGGGGAUAUUGAGAAAGCGAAGCUUCUGUUGGACUACUUACUAGCCCUUAAUCACCGUGGAGAGAAUCUUAUGAUCAAUGAGACGCUCGAUUCGGUUGCCGAGCUUCAAGCAGCCCUGAUCGAAGCAGAUAUUUAUCUUUCAUCUAUCCCUGAACACACGAAAUACCAGAACUUCGAGAAGAAGCUUGGAGAGUGGGGCUUCGAGAAAGGGUGGGGAGAUACUGCAGAAAGAGUUAAAGAGACAAUGAGGAUCCUUUCGGAGAUACUUCAAGCACCGGAUUCAACUAAAAUGCAAUCAUUCUUUAGAAGGCUUCCGAAUGUAUUCAACAUUGUGAUCUUCUCCGUCCAUGGCUACUUUGGCCAGUCUGAUGUCCUCGGCUUGCCUGACACUGGAGGACAGGUUGUUUACAUUCUAGAUCAAGUGAAAGCUCUAGAGGAGGAACUGCUCCUACGAAUUAAGCAGCAAGGACUGGAUUUGAAGCCUCGAAUUCUUGUGGUAACUCGUCUCAUACCAGAUGCACAAGGGACGAAGUGUAACCAGGAGAUGGAGCCUAUCCUUAAUACAGAGCACUCCCACAUUGUUCGAGUCCCAUUCAAGACUGACAAAGGGAUUGUUCGUCAAUGGGUUUCCCGGUUUGAUAUCUACCCUUACCUCGAGAGAUUUACUCAGGAUGCCACUGCUAAGGUUGUUGAGCUGUUGGAAUGUAGACCAGACCUUAUACUUGGAAACUAUACCGAUGGAAACUUGGUGGCAUCUCUAAUGGCUAGCAAACUGGGAGUCACUCUGGGAACGAUUGCACAUGCUUUAGAGAAGACAAAGUACGAGAAUUCUGAUGUCAAAUGGAGGGACCUCGAUCCGAAGUACCACUUCUCAUGCCAAUUCACAGCUGACAUGAUUGCAAUGAAUUCAGCUGAUUUCAUUGUUACCAGCUCAUAUCAAGAAAUUUCAGGAAGCAAGAAUAGGCCUGGACAAUAUGAAAGCCAUAUGGCAUUUACCAUGCCAGAUCUUUAUAGAGUGAUUUCAGGCAUCAAUGUCUUUGAUCCUAAGUUCAACGUGGCUGCUCCUGGCGCGGAACAAGCAGUCUACUUUCCAUUCACAGAGAAAAACAAGCGACUUACCUCAUUUCAUCCGGCCAUCCAUGAACUGCUCUACAAUAAGGAUGAUAACAAUGAGCACAUGGGAUUUCUAGCAGACAAGAAGAAACCAAUCAUCUUUUCAAUGGCAAGGCUCGAUACAGUGAAGAACAUUACAGGCUUGGCCGAAUGGUAUGGGAAGAACAAAAGGCUCAGGAAACUGGCAAACCUUGUGGUUGUUGCAGGGUUCUUCGAUCCUUCCAGAUCAAAAGAUCGGGAAGAAAUUGCAGAGAUCAAAAAGAUGCAUGCUCUGAUAGAUAAAUACCAACUUACUGGUCAGUUCAGAUGGAUCGCAGCUCAAACUGACAGGUACCGGAAUGGAGAGCUGUACCGCUGUGUUGCAGAUACGAAGGGGGUCUUUGUGCAGCCUGCACUAUAUGAAGCUUUUGGUCUUACAGUUAUUGAAGCAAUGAACUGUGGAUUACCCACAUUUGCAACCAAUCAAGGAGGACCGGCAGAAAUUAUUGUCGAUGGGAUCUCAGGUUUCCAUAUUGAUCCUUAUGAGGGCGAUGGGUCAAGUAAUAAGAUUGCUACAUUCUUUGAAAAGUGCAAGGUAGAUGCUGAAUACUGGAACAAGAUGUCUAAAGCAGGUCUUGAUCGCAUAUAUGAAUGCUACACCUGGAAAAUUUAUGCAAACAGAGUCUUGACGAUGGGAUCUUUGUAUGGCUUUUGGAAGCAAUUAAAUAAAGAACCGAAGCAAGCUAAAGAGAGAUACAUUCAAAUGUUCUACAAUCUCCAAUUCAGGAACCUGGCAAAGCAGAUAGCAAUUGCAAGUGCUGAAGCGCAGCAAGAAACGCCAACUGCCCCAACUAAACCUCAAGAACCAGCAGCACAGAAAGAAGAGCCUAAGCCUCUAGAACAAAAGCCGCAAACUGAAUCCACAACCAGGGCAAGUGAUUCAGAUCAGGAGCAACUACGCUCACAAGAAGGUGGCCGAAGGCCUUUCCCAUACUUUAAGUGGUCCUUUUGGUGUUUCUCGCUUCUUAUCAUUCUUUUUACGGCUAUCAAGAUUUACGGUCUGUAUAGAUGAUCGCAAUCCAAUACAUGCUUCUGCGGAAAGUGUGGUCCUUGUGAAAUAAGUGAAAGAAAGCCUUAAAUAUGUAAAAGCUCAAUUCAGCAAUAAGAUUUCCUCAAACUCAGCUAUUUGGCAUCUAUUUCUGCAGAUGAUUCAAAUCGUUUCCUUCUGUAUUUUCAGUCUUCUUGCCAUUCGGAUGCUUCAAACCCUAGUUUAAAUGGCAUCCAAGAAAACAUAAAUCACAUAAUAUAUGAUAUGAUGAACAGUAGAUUGCAAGACUAACCAUUUCCCC